UCCCUCUCCCCCGCCCCCUCUUCCUCUCUUCCCCCCUUGUCUCGAAGUCUAACCUUGUCUUGUGGUCAUGGGGUCUAUAAUUUCAUUUUUGUCUAGGCUGGUGAGAGCUCUCCUUGUUCUGUAAAGUGGAUGUCAGGUGGAUCUAUGGUCUUGAAGGAACAAAGAGCAGCGGAAGGAACAGCCGUGGAAGUUUGAGCCGGGAGGAUGCAGGCUGUGUAUUGGUACGCCGUGCUUCUGCUGCAGCCUCCUCUCUACCUGGUUACGUGUGCAAAUUUAACAAAUGGCGGCAAAUCAGAACUUCUAAAAUCAGGCAGCUCCAAAUCCACACUAAAGCACAUAUGGACAGAAAGCAGCAAAGACUUGUCUAUCAGCCGACUACUAUCACAGACUUUUCGUGGCAAAGAAAAUGAUACAGAUUUGGACCUGCGAUACGAUGCCCCAGAAACGUAUUCUGAGCAAGAUCUCUGGGACUGGCUGAGGAACUCCACAGACCUUCAAGAGCCUCGACCCAGAGCAAAGAGACGGCCGAUUGUCAAGACUGGGAAAUUUAAGAAAAUGUUUGGCUGGGGCGACUUUCAUUCCAACAUCAAAACUGUGAAAUUAAACCUAUUAAUAACUGGGAAAAUUGUUGAUCAUGGCAAUGGGACGUUUAGCGUUUAUUUCAGGCAUAAUUCCACUGGCCAAGGGAAUGUAUCUGUGAGCUUGGUGCCCCCUACCAAAAUAGUGGAAUUUGACUUGGCACAACAAACAGUGAUUGAUGCCAAAGAUUCCAAAUCCUUUAACUGUCGUAUCGAGUAUGAAAAGGUUGACAAGGCUACCAAGAACACUCUCUGCAACUAUGACCCUUCAAAAACAUGUUAUCAGGAGCAGACCCAAAGUCAUGUGUCAUGGCUCUGCUCCAAGCCCUUUAAAGUAAUCUGUAUUUACAUUUCCUUUUAUAGUACAGAUUAUAAACUAGUACAGAAGGUGUGCCCUGAUUACAACUACCACAGUGACACACCCUACUUCCCUUCAGGUUGAGAAUGAACCUGAGGAACCAGACUGAAGCCUGAGGAAUAAAAGAGGUCAUAUGACAGGGCUGUUACCUCAAAGAAGAAGGCCACACCUAUUGCCUGGAAUGUGUCUACACUCUGCUGCUGCUGUCAAAUGGCUGCAAAUAUGUUAGUGGAAAACAAUCUAAUGUGAUUUCUGCCCAGUCAGCUCCAUGUAUCAGUCUAGUUGUAAAUCACUAUGGAUUCAAAAUAAAACCAUACAGACAUGCACUCUUUUCAGCUCACAUCUAUUGAGAUUCCUGUUAAGAGGGCUUUCAUUGUCUCAUACAUAAUGUUUCAGGAUAACCUAUCAUCAAGCCAAAAGGAUUAACUACACAGAGAAUGGUUUCUAACACAAACUGUUAUGGAAAUCUCCUUUAAAGUCUUGAAUACAUGCCAAUCAAUAAUCCCCACUCAUGCAUUUUACUGCUUAGACUAGCUGUACUGGUAAUUAAUACUAUAGGAGUAAAUGCUUGUUAAAAUGGGAAAAAUGUGUGUCUAGAGUUCAGUAUUCCUUAUUAUAUGAACACAGCAAAGCAUAGUGACUUUUUUCCAGCAUAUAGUAGGCACAUUCAAGGUGACAUUAGGUGGCUCUUUUUCUGUGGAGGGAGCCUAUUACUCGUAAAGAUGAGCAGACAUUUGGAAUUUACAUGUGGGCAGACUUUAUGGUUUCAAUAUUUCUCCACCGAACAUUUAAAUUAGCAGAGUUGAGACCAGCUGAGCUACUUAAAAACUCUUCAACUCUUCUCCAAGAAGGAAAAUGCCUGAUACACAACAUGUAAGUUGUAAGUGGCUGUCCUAUCUAUAUUACAAAUAUUGUAACAAAUUCAAUAUCCUAGUCUUCAUUUGUAUGAAUGGUUUGUAUUGUACAUAGUUUAACCAGUGUUAUUUGAGCUGCUUAUUAAUAUUAACUUGUAAUCGUCUCUCUGCUUGUUAUUGGUUAAAAACAAUCAAGGAAAUGGGGAACCCAUUUUAUCAAUGUAGCUGUAAACUCCAUUAAAGAGACAGAUUUAUGUACAAAGCAUUUAUUCAGUAAAGUAUCGUUGAGAGCUAUACAUAUACAACAUUACAGUCUGUCUGUAUUUAGAUAUUUUAUUUCCAGACAAAAAAUGAACUGUACAUAAAAAUAAAAUACUUAAAGUUGAGUUUCAGUAUGUACUGUGCAGAUGGUGGUUUAAAUGGUCUCACAAAAAGACUAUACUCAAACUCCAUCAUGGUUUUCAAUCUUGUGUCUUCAAAUUUGUGCAGAAUUAUCCCAAGCUAUCACAUGCAGGUAGUUCUCAAUGCUGUCACAGGACAUUGUUGACUUCAAUGAGAGUAGUCCAGAACAGUUUGCAGGAGCAGGGCCUAAAUUAUGAGUCAUAAAUGAAAGUGAUUUAUUAAUUUAAAAGUGGGAAAAGCUGUUCUCUCUGUGUGUGCACCAGUCUGCCUUUGCCUUAAUUCUAGCUUAGUGGAGGCACAGACCUCUUUGUAUGUAGUGGAAGAGUUUAAUUCCUGUAUCAAGAAAGCAGUUGAUUGUGCUUCAUUUUUGUAUAUAGUGGCACACUUUGCCCUCAGCUUCUAGCUAUCCAGUCACAAUAACUUCACUGAUAUGUUUACACCUAAUUGAAGUCUGAAUUGAAAGGAUCUCAGCAUUCCCUCUUGUUUCUCUUAGGGUUACUAUUUGUGCCCAUGCACACACAUGAAUUAUAUCCUUCACUCGUAGAUGGCUGCCAAACCUGUGCUGAGAAAAGUCAAUGCAGGAAACAAAGAGAAGCCUUUUCAAAACCCAAACAUGCACUUCUCUAAUGCUCCAGAGAGUCAAAGGUCCAAGCAAUGAGAAAUCAGAGACCACUUCCUAUCCCAUGUUGCACUGCAUGGGAAUUAAAUCAACUUCCUAGCUGACUCUUUUGCCACCUUAACCCUCUUGCUAAAGAAUAGAAUUAAAGUGAAACAAAUGAAUAAAACUAAUGACAACUGUUUCUGCCAUUGACUAAAAGUGAAGGAGAAACUUCUACAGUAUUAACUGUCUAACUCCUUGGAAACAAUAUGAUAAUGGAAAUUUUUCCUUCAUAAUAAGAGACACUUCUAAGGACAAUCUGAUUACCUUGGAUCAGCAAAGUCUGCACAGUUUUGGAGAAAGAGAUGGUCCAAGCCAUAAUGUUUCUGACUAACAUUUCCACAAAGACCAGGAAUACACAGAGCCAGGAUUUUGCUUCUGCUCCACCUCUGCUAGAAAUUGUGAAUAGACUGCUAGUGAUUCAUGAUUUGUGCUGUGUGAAGAGUAUCUGUUCUGCAUAUUAUGAUAUAUAAAGUUGAAGUACUCCACUCUAAGGAUGGGCUCCAUGUUGAAGUCAGUGGGGCCAGGAUUUUACAUUAGGAGCGUGUAAAAUACCAAGUAUUAAACAUUAUUAGUAACCAUUAUUAAGAUAAAUAAGCAUUUAUACAGGGAAUGAGUCUUCACUGACAUGCACUUUGUGUAGUCAUUUAUAUUUGUAAAAGUAGGUGUAAAUCUCUAUCUCUGGUAGUAAUUUAUAUCUGUUUUGUAUGUCUACUCAGUCAUAAUUUUCAGUUUUUCCCUACUCUUAAAAAAAUCCAAAAUUUUCCAACUUAUACACUAUAUAUAUGCUUGCUUACUAUAUACCAUCACUACAACCACUACCAAUCUAAAAACCAACCAACCAACAGAUGGGGAGUCAGCUCAUUUUAAUGAUGGAAUCUUUAUCCUUUUGCUAUUUCUGUCACUCUCAUUAAUACUUUUUUCCUUAAUAGUUUUCCUUUGAAUUGACUGUGGUUUUUCAUGAACAUACUCGACUUUGGAAUAGGAUGAAUCCUUUUUGUUGAUCUGGAUGUGAAUUAGUGAUGUAAAUAGGAAUUAUAAUACGCUGCCUAGUUUUUUUUCCAUAAGAAGUUCUUGGGGAAAUACUGUAUGUGAGGUAAACUUGCUGAAACAUGGUUUUAGUUUUCCCAUGUAAAAAUUGACUCUAAUGAAUGUAAAUACAUAGUGCCCUGGCUCUGUUAAACAUUUUACUUCUGGGUAAUUGGGUCUGUGAGUCAGCAGUGAUAAAGUAGGCCAGGCAAUUUUGGAUCACUAAUCUGGGGCAUUAGAAAGAUUUGGAAUGUUCCACAUUUUCUUUCUGAAGAUACAUAUUUAGUAAUUGAGAGUGUUGAUCUUUGGUUUUGAACAAUCUCCCAGGCUAUGGAGUAUUUUCUUUUCUUUUGUUUUAUUUUAAUUUUUCAGAAUUGUCUCAUGCUUUUAUCAUUAUUUUACUCUGUAUGCAAGAGAUAGUUUGAUUAUGGGUCGCCAAAAUACUUGCUACUGACCAACCAUUACUGAAAAUUGAUUAAAAUGGCACAAGAAUGCAUGGUACGAUUCACAGUAUGUGUGUAUGAUACUCAGCAUCUUCAUAUGUAAAAAAAGUCCAAGAUGGUGACACAGUGAUUGCACUAAAGCAGACAUUAACAUAGUCAGCUAUGAGCUGACUUUGAUGCCAUGAUACUAGUAGCAUUGAUGACACUGGAAUGAAGAGUGGAAAUAUGAAUAAAAAAACCAGGGACACACAGAAGCUGGGCUGGCUUGACUUUCUAGUGCUGGAGCACAGUGCUAAACUUUUAAGAAAAGUGGGAACAUCUUCAGUUUAUGUAAUGACAGUUGAUAUUUUUGUCAAUCUAUAUCAGAGUCAGAAUAUCCCUCAGCAUCUUGCCUCAUGGAGAUUUCACUUCUAUUGUUGUAAUAUAGCCUGGCCUUCUCACAGAUCGUAAGCAAAUUAGCAAUUCCAUAAGAAAAGCAGCUCUUUGGUUAAAAUGUGUGAUACUCCCAACUAGUGGAAUUCAGUGAGAAAUGGCAAACACUUCAUUCAUGGUAGAGUUGAAUGAAAGUCCCAAAAUGUUUCAGUUCAUACCACUAUGCAGGUAUAAAAAUGUUUGCUCAUUUAAAACAAAGUUUUCACUCUAGGAAAGUUAUAGUGUAAUUGAAUGGCUGAAUCCUCACACAUUCUCAGUCAGAAUUCUAUACCAUCAUUUGGAAUCCUCUAGUCUCCUAAACUGCUGUAAAACAAUCUGUUAGAUGACUGCACAGGCAAACAUGCAUUGCAAUGAAUCUUUUGCUCUGAGUUGGACAGCCACCAGAAAUGGAAAACCUCCAGCUGCCCCUUUACCAUUUCAUCCAAAGGACAGUGGUCACCAGAUAAUAUUGAAUUGCAGUGUCAGCACUGCAUGUUCCGUCCAUGCCCUUCUAGAUUGCACUAAAUUUUAAAGGAAUGUUCCAUCCUUAUUGCAAGGUAUAUGAUAGUGUAUUUAAUGUUAAAAUGGAUUUCAGGUCAAAUAAGAUGCAGAGAAAAAGUUUCUAUAGCUCACUAAUAUGAUCAUGUCUAAACAUGGAUGUGUCAAGGGACCAAGACUCUCACUGAGUUUUAUGGGAAUUAAAUUGGGCUCCCAAAUCUACUGUAUGUAAAUAAGAAACAUGGAGUGCAAUUAUAUCUCACACAAAGGGUACAUCUACACUGUACUAUAGGUCAAAGUAAGAUAAGCA